UGGAAUAAUAGAAGUAUUAACGUAACAUUUCCACGGAAACGUGGAAGUUAUAAGUGCCGCCACUCGUUGGUUAUUUCCUGUUGUAUAAUAAUCCGUCACUUUACCCGAAAUCUCGGUUUGCAGCUCUUUGUGGGCAUGGCUAAGUUAGUUGCUGUUUGUCAAAGGGAAGAGAAGUUCCCCUUCCAAGGGAGGCAAAUACCUCUCGUCAUAGACGAUGGGCUGACCAUGGUUAUGGAAUUUGCCAAUCCUGACUUCCUUGAGUGUGAUGCUAGCAAGUUUUCCCGGAGUAAGCAAGCUGAAAUGCAACAGUUUAUUCAAAAAUUUCAUUUACUCAACAAAGAUGAGUUAGCAGUAGCUAUGAUGGUGACAAGUAAAGAAUUAUUCAACACACUCUCUCUACUAGUUCCUUGUGUUGGGUGUCGGAGGAGUGUGGAACGUAUGUUUCAUCAGCUGGUACAGUCAGGUCACCAAAGAGCUUUAGAUCCUCUCGUUGUCACACCCAGUGCUGUGUUAUCAAUAGUCAGAGAUACAUUAUUUGAUGCCAGGUCUGUUUUUAUACUCUUCAAUGUGCAAGGGUCACAGUUGAAUAGUAUGAUGGACAACAUACCAAAAGUCAAGAAAAACAAAAGGUGCAUGUUACAUUCGUUGGAUACACAAAAAACUAAGCUUAUAGGGAGCUGGUUAGAUGUAUGGGAUGUCUUAUCUCAAGAAUGUAGGGAUGAAGUCACCGUCAUAGAAGCAGAUGCACUCAUGGAAACAACAGAAGUUUAUCUUCGUAAACAUCGGUUUUGUACUGAAUGUAAAUCCAAAGUGAUGCGUGCGUACAGCAUACUGAUUGGGGAGGUAGACAGCUGUCAGGAGAAAGGUUAUUGUCCAACGCUCUAUGAAGGUUUACGGUGUUGUCCACAAGAGAGGCAUGUACAUGUGUUGUGUGAUACAGAGUUUAUUGCACAGCUCAUCACUAGGGCUGAACCAGAUCUGAAUGGAGGGAGGCGAGAGCGACAUGCAAAAACAAUCGACAUAGCACAAGAGGAGGUGUUGACGUGUCUCGGUAUUCAGCUAUACGAGAGACUGUAUAGAAUAUGGCAGAAGUUGCGAGCAGAGGAGCAGACAUGGCAAAUACUAUUCUAUCUUGGAGUUACUGCUUUGAAGAAAAGCUUUGAAGUGGCUAUAGAAGAUAAACAAGGCGUUACUAUGCUUGAACUGGUGUGUGAAGAAAUCAAUGAAGCUGAGAAAGCCAAACAGCAGCGUAAAGAACAGAAAAAACAAAGGAAGAAAGCCAAGAAGAAAAACCGAAGUGAAUCAGCUGAGGAUCUUGUGCCAACUGCAGAACCUGAAAUACCCAGGAAAAGUAAACCAAAGUGUACAGACUCCAAACCACUUGGGCAGUGUGCUAAAGCAAAUUGCCAAAAGGCGGUUGAUCGUAAUGACAAUACGGACCCGUGUGAUACCUGUGAAUUGUCCAAACAUGGUUUGAAAGCGUUAUCUUCCACUCAGCUUACCAGUACUUGUCAUUGUGAAGAACAAGAACAUAAGACGUGUAAUGGUUAUGGAGAAUAUAGUCCGAAUGAUGGUGGGUAUUGUAGUGAAUCAAGUUCAGAAAGUCAUUCCAAAGACUGCCAGGAGAAUCACAAUCCUCAGCAAGCUGGUGAAUUGGUUGAGGGAGUUAAUUCAGAAUGUCUUUGUAGUGAAAAUGGUAAAUCGUCAAAGUCAAAGAUUGCGAACACAUCGGACGGGUUGAAUGGUGUAUGUCGUAUCUGUCAAUGCACAGAUGAAAAACAACUACACAAAGCCAUGGGAUGGACGGCUAAACUUGAAGACAUGCUUGAGGAUCCGUGUUCUUCAGACGAAGAGAACUGCAUAUCCGAGGAAGAGAUAAAGUUAUUUACUGCUAAUCGCAGUAAAGUGACAGUGCAAAGAAAAGAACUACGUGAAGUACUAAAACAAAGAUUUAAUAGGUUCUACCAGGACGGUGCAGCAGUUGACGAAACAAAUCAACCAGCAGCUGAUGUUGCUUGCCAGAUUGGCAAAGUUGGCCUUAAUUAAAUAAUCGAAUGAAAGCUUCUCAUGUCAUCACUUUAUUUGGCACUCUCAGUCAGUUACACAUUACUGAAUACUGUGAAUUACUUUAUUUUUGCUUGGAGUUUAUUUUUGCUGAAGGGAUAAUUCAGUGAAAAUAAAAUCCAGCGAAUAUACAUUUUUUCCUAUAUUUUACACUUAAAUCAUCAGUGAAAAUAAAUUCCAUACAAAAAAACACCCGAAAAGUCUUUUCAGUGGAAAUUAAUUCCAGCUAAAAUAAAGUAUUUUACAGUACAUUACAGUGUCUACUUCAUGAUGCAUCAUCUUUUACUCAAUCCAAUAUUGUCAUGGCACCAGUCUGCUUCUCAAUUAUCAUAACCUACUCUACCAAUCCUAUACCAUCACUUUUUAUUUACUGAAUGAAGGAUGCACGCUAAUUUAUAAUGUUUGUUGCUUUUCCUUGUGUUAAAGAUUGUUGCGGCAGAAUGAAUGCAGAAAAAAUUAUAAGUACUACCCAUUUUUCGUAUUUAUGCUGAAUGAAUCUUUUGAUGACCCUUAUGCUGCAGAUCCAACCAUGUUGCGAGUACAUUACAAAAUACCUGCCCAAGCUCACUGGUCAAAGAAAAAGGAAUUACCAUGACAAUACAUCAUAAUUUCUUCUAAAAGUAGACUACAUCUUAAUAAUUGAAUGAAUAUUGGGAUGUAUUCUAUUUUUAGAGGAAAUUUACUUGAUGAUUUGUCAUUUUUGUUUUCCAACCAUAUUUCUCUUGCAGUUCAGUUUUUCACCAUUCUGCAACAGACCAUGUAACAACCCGAUCAUUGAAAUAAGUUUGACCCUCGAGCUGUGAAACUAAGAGAUGUAUGGUGAUUGAAAUAUUUUUUUGUUGUUGCAAAGCACAAAACUUAGUCUUUUGAUUUUCCCUUUCGCUCUAUAUUCCAAUCAUAUUGGCUGCUUUUAAUCUUUUCACCUGAUCAGCUUUUGUUUAAUAACAAUUCAGGAAAUGUUUAAGACUGAUAUACCGUACUGUAAAUCAUGCCAUUGUAGAGAAAUUGUCUCAAAGCAUGAAUUUCCAGGCCCUUAAAAUUGAACUCUAGUGUAUUACAAGAAGAGCUUUAUUGGAGUCUUGGGACUCUUGCAGAAAAAACAAGGAUUUGCCAUGAUUCUGCCUUGUUUUGAUUUACUAUGAAACUGUGUGAGUCCACUAUUAGAACUCACAAUCAAAUUGUGAAACUGAAACCAUUGCCAGAAUUCAGUGUUGAAAAGCAUUGAUAUUUGAACAUUUAUUAAUUUUCCACAAUUCAUGCAAAGGCAGUUCAUCAAAUAUUUCUCAAGACCCCACUAAGGUCCAUGAACCUCAUUUGAUUAAAAAAAGAAUAGGCGUAUGAAAUGUAGAGUUUUGUUUCAUUUAAUUGCCUCAUUUUAAUUAAUUUUUCCCUGCAAUUAGUAGUAACCUUCAGCACACAGGAGGUCCUAUCUAAGCUUUCUUUUCUGUAUUUGCAUGUACCCCCGGUAAUUCAUUUGGAGAGAUAAUUGUAGGUACUCUUCUACAUCCUUCUACAUGGGACCUAGCAGCGAGUAUUGUUUCCCUCCCCCAACCUAAUAAAAUGAAGUGAUUCUGUAAUUGUAAUGUAGACCAUAGUGCCAAAUAAAUAGUAUGUCCUGACCCU